UAGGAUAUUGAGCCGUUAUAGUUUGGGCUCGUCUUUAAAUGAAUUAGUGAUGAAAAAAGUCUCGCUCUUCGCUCAUUUUAAAUCCUCUAUCUCUCUUUCUAGAACUAAAGAACAGUUAGAAUGAAAGAAAUACAGACAUGAUAACAAAUAUCGGCAUGAUGGAUUCGGCUUACUUCGUUUGCAGAUCAGAGUUUCUCUCUUGGAUCAACUCUCUAAAGUCGAAGAGUUCUUUGCCAACUGAUGGAUGUGGUUCAUUCAGGGAUGGUCCCAUGCACAAAGUCAACUUUGAAUCUUUGAUGCCUCGAACGAGUACAUGAUUAAUUUAGACUACAAGGUCUUUUAAGAUCACCAAGGUUUAGUUUAAUUCUCGUUCUUGGGCCUUUCAUGGGAGAGAGAUACUUCUGCUUUUUGUGGGCUUCAGUUACAAAGCAUUUAAUGGAGCAAAAUCUGGCAAAAAGAGAGGGAGGAACCAUAGAUAGAAGCCAGGAUAUUGCUCGUUUAGCAGAGUACUACAAGCUGUGAAGCCCACAAAAAGAGAGUUGGGAGCUUUCCCUGGAAAUCUUGGCGAAAUUUGUACCAGGAAUGUUUGGAAUGCCUCCACCACCACAAAGUCAAUCGACUACCAUAUUGUGCGCCAAGCUGGAGUUCCCUGGGUAGGGCAAUCAAAGGUUGAUUCUACUCAAAUUCCAAGGCCCGAUCCAAGUUCCUCAGUUAUCAUGUAUCAAAACCCAUCAUGGCAAUCAGGCUAAUCCUCCUCCAGUAUAUUAUCUACCAAUUCUGAAAAAGAGUGAAAAAUUUACUUGAUUUAAUUUGCUAUUUGGGUGUAUGUUCUGAAAUUUAAUCUUUGACUUAGCUCUUCCUUUUUUUUUUCGUUUCACCUGGUUUCUUUGCUGCUGUAACAUAAUUAAUUUGCUUUUGUGUGAGAUCCAUAGUGCAUUUUUUCCAUUGGACAUUCUGAUUCCUUGUUUAUUUGUUUAAAGCCUUCUAUAAGUGACUUCAUUGCCAUGGACACUGGGAAUUGCAGUCCGCGUUACAUGGGGUGCACAAUCAAUCAGGUGUUGAUCAAAUACUUAAUAUACACAGGGAUGCAGCUGGCUUUGUUGGUCCAACCAUUGGCCCUUUGUUGUCCAUCUGAGCCUGUACAAGUAAUGCAUGAAUGCUGCCUGAGUAUAACUUUUGUUCAGAUUAAAAUCUCAGUGAUUACUGCAUUUGUUUGUUAAUGAAAUAACAAUUACCUCUACCAAUGCAUUUCGUCUCUUUAAUACAACUUUUCUUGUUUCAUAGAUUGUGGACUUUGGAGAAAGUGGUCCAAUUUGAUGCUCUCGUUGCAAGGGCUACAUAAAUCCUUUCAUGAAGUUCACUGACUUCAUCUGUAACUUAUGUGGUCAGUUUAAAUAUUACUGCAUUUCUAUGUUGAAGUAUUAAGUAAUUUGCCACAAAGUUAUUUGUUGUUGGUCUAUGGAAUCUGUGUUGCAUUUGGGUUUCAUUUUUCUCUUCACCAAGGCUUCCAAUCUUGUUUUGGGAUUGUUAACCCUACUUUGUUCCUUAGUUACUGCUAAUUUUCUCUUGGAAGCCGUUUAAUUGCCACCUAUGAGAUGGGUGAAAUAGCUUAGUUAUAUGCUAUCAAGUAUCAUAUAUCAUGAUGUUUUAUACUUGUCCUACGUUAGUGUUGAAAUUCCUGAUGUCCAGAUAGUAACUACUCUCUAGGAUUUCUUUGUUAUUCCUUAAGUCAAUGGUAUUUAGUGUUUGCUGAACAUAUAUCAUGUAGCUAAAAUGUUUUUCCUCAGCGAAACUUGGGUUUGGGCAUUUGACUUGCCAUCCAUGACGUAAGUGUUAAUGAUGUGGGUGCAAUAGCUUAGUUGUUUACUUUGAGUUUUUAUAGAGGAUAAUGUUGUAUGCUUGUCAUACAGUCUUGUUGCUCUGUUAAUGGUUUGAAUGGAAAAAGGUAUAUAGCAAGGUUAUAUCCAAUAGGAACUAUGUGGCUAAGGACAUAAAUUUUGGAGUUGGAGUUCAGGCCGCAAUGUUGCAAGGUGUAUCCGAGGUUGCAGAAGCUGUGAAAGUUACAAUCGGACCUAAGAGCCGUAAUGUGAUUAUUGAGAAAAGUAGAGGGGAUCCGAAGGUCGCAAAGGAUGGUGUCACUAUGGCAAAAAGCAUUAAAUUCAAAGACAAGGCCAAGAAUGUUGGUGCAGAUCUUGUAAAGCAGGUUGCGAGUGCAACUAAUACAGCCGUUGGAGAUGGUACAACUUGUGCUACUGUCCCGACUCAGGCAAUACUAACAGAAGGCUGCAAAUCUGUAGCUGCUGGUGUAAAUGUGAUGGAUUUACGCAGUGGUAUUAACAUGGCAGUUGGUGCAGUCAUAUCUGACUUAAAAGGCAAAGCGCAAAUGAUUAGUACCCUAGAAGAGAUUACACAGGUAGUGGAAUUUCUUUAAAAAAGUUAUAGUGUAAUCUCUUUAAAAAAGUUAUGUAUAAGUUGUGUAUGGUGAGAAGCAUUGAGCUACGAUAUAAUUAUAAGAAGUCUUACCUAGUCUAGAGUAGGAGACAUUGAUGAUUUUUUAGUGUCCCAAAAUCUCUAACAUCUUCUUGUAAAUGUGGUAAAUGGUUGUAGGCUGGCUAAAGAUAUAUCUGUUUUGAUAAAUUGAAAAAUGUUAGCUAUUCAUAUUUGCUUCUGGGUUUCAAAACUUGAAUUUCAAUAGUAAUGCUGCUUUGUUUUGUUGUAGAAAUUGGAUGGUAUUUCUGAAUUUCAAUAA